AUGACAGAAAUCGAAAUGGAAAUUUCUACCCCACUUAGUUCUAGUACUGCCAAUUCUAUCACUACACCUCCUGUUGGCAAUCAAAUGGUUAGUAUUUCCUCGACUUAUGAGGAUACACUGAUGCCUGCCACAAUGCUUGACUCUACAACUGCGGUUACUGAGGAUGGUGCUGAUCAGACAACCACACCAAUUUCAUCCACAACCUCUAGUCCAACCAUUACAGGCUCACCAUCUGUUUCAACACCUGCAACUACGACGCCUGCUACAAGUGAAGCUGUGGAUUUCAGGACAGCCUUCAUGAAUCUCUUUCAGAAUCCUCUCAUACCAGCUUCCUUUAUGAAGAAUUCAAGGAAAAAUCUCCUUUGUGACGAUAAAGGUAUUCUGUCCUCCAAAUCAGAAAGAGAUAAUUCCGGGGUGAUAGUAGAAGAAGUACCAAAUCCAGAAAUAGAGGAUAAGGUCCGUGAGAUCACAAAUACUUUCAUUGAAACGUUGAAGUACGACAGAUCGUGGUUUGUCUCCCUUCUCUUUCAAAUUCGAAAGGAACAGAAACGGAGAGAAUCAAGUGAAUGUACCGAAGCCGAAUGUAUUUACAAGAUACCCUGUUACCUUUCACAGAGAUUCCUGGCCCUCUCUAUGUAUAGCGAGGUAUUCAAGAGGGAAAGGGUGAGAGAAGGUUUCGAUCUGCUUAGACGCAGACGACGAAGUCUUGAUGGUCUGGAUAUUACUGGACGGUAUACCUCGGUAGUCGAAGAUGGCGAAGCACCAGUUACUAACUGCACAGGAAUAUUUGCUAAUUAUUGCUAUAAUUCCAUUGCCUGUAUCUACGUUAAUGUUCUGGAGAGUGCGGCAUGCUCAUGCAUGCCAGGAUACACUGGUCUUCGGUGUGACCUCUACGACCUUUCCAUAACCCUUGCGACAUUAUCCCAGUUUAGUACCACCACGAUUGACAUCGAAGAACUUGAACCCGAGGACUCUGCCAAAAUGUACAGUGUUCUGGAUGCCACGGCACGAUACACCUAUUCGGCCUUCACAAUAGAUGAUAUGCCCUGA